UUAGACCAAAAUUACUGUUGUAAAUCAAAUGAGCCAAUUCUUCCUAUAGUACAAAAAGCACAGUUUUACUCAAUGUUUAUAUAUUUUGAUAACGAUACAUUGCAUGGGUAAAUUUAGUGAGUACUUUAAAAGGUAGAUCUUUAUUUUUGAGUGUGAUCAUUUCAUCUGGUAACUGAUGAUGACACUCACCUCUUACUUACGUAUUUACGUACACUUGACGUCUGACAUCAUCUGUAGAACGACACAUGGGGCAUUGCUACGGAAGAGUUGAAAAAGUAGUAUUUCACUCUAUUUUCAGAAAUAUUUAUGAGUGAUAUAGUCAAAUAAAUCAUACAGGAUAUUGAUUAUAUUGAACCAGAACCAUGAUCAGUUACUGCUUCAUUACUAUAUUCGCUGUGCUGAUAAACAAAGUGUGUCUGCAGGUCACAGUAGAGGCUGUUAUUGGUGGUUCUGUUGUCCUGCAGUGUUCCUCAGCUGAACAUGAUUAUAAACCUCAAGACAUUGAUGUGAGCUGGAGACACAAUGGGAGCAAAAUUGUAUUUGAUAUAAUUCCACUCAGAAAUUCACCAAUGACACAGGAUCCAGAGUACAAGAACCGAAUUGAAACUUUCCCUCAAGAGUAUCUGAGAGGAAAUUUCUCCAUCAAACUCAUCAAUCUUCAACAUACUGAUGCAGGACAAUACAUUUGUUAUAUGAAAAACUCAAAUAAAUAUCAGACUCUAAAGCUGAUCAUCAGUGAACAGGAGGGAAAGGGGCCGCGACUGUCUUUGCUCUUGGCUUGUAUUAUAUCACCUGUGUUAUUGGUUAUUAUUUUCAUUGCAGUUUUCUUUAUAAAAAGGUGCUCAAGCAGCCAGAGGGAAACUGGAAAUGGCCAAUCUUGAAUCAGUAUGAAUCAGGCUGAUGAAGAAGAUCAUGAUGAAAAAGUUGCUAAAUACCAUUACUUUCUUGCAGCAAUGGCAGGAGCAUUUGUAUUAAACAUGGAAGCAUAAAGUAUCUGCCUUCUCUCUUUUUUCAUCUUGUAAUUUAAAUAUUGUUAAGACAUAUGCACACAAGUUCUGUGAUUAUAAACAACUCCACAAAAGCAUUUCCAGCUUCAAUUGUUACUAACCAGAUUUACUUUAUGUCCCACAUCUACAGAAGUUCUUGUUUAAAACAUGUUUUGUGUAAUUAAUCCAUUCACAGAUCUCACUGUCAAAACACUGAUCACCAUGAUGAUGACAUGAAACAUACAAUUUUCAACAAGACGUCAACAUCCAAAUCUCUGUUAAUUCUCAGUAAUUAUUUCUGUAAUUAUUUUCUUGUGUGACAGAAAUAAAGUCGUUCUGGUUAGUAAUAACUGAAGUUGGGAAUACUGUUUCCUUCUCAGUUCUCGGUUCCUAGAAUGUCACAUUUUAAAUCAAAAUUAAGUUGAAUGUUUGAGAAAUAUCAUACAGUUUUAAAAAAUUUCAUCGAACGUCAGGACAUAUUUUAUGUUUCUAGAACAAACACUGAAUAUUUUGAGAAUGUUCCUAUAACAAAAUUAUGUUAGCUGUGAUCCUACGCUUGAUUUAUACUGUGUUCUUCAAUAAAAACAAUUUA